AGCCGCGCCUGCGCCUUCUGCCCGCUGCGGUCGGCGAGCUGCCGGUCAGUCAGUCAGAGCGCGCUGAAGGCGGGAGAGACAUUUAAUCACUUAAGGCCGUUUUAAGUCCGUAUCCGUGAACAAAACUAACCACAAUGGGUAAGAAAGAAGAGGAGGAGAUUAUCCGGAUCGCUAAGAAGAUGGAUAAAAUGGCGCAGAAGAAGAACGGGUCAGGGGCGCUGGAUCUCCUCAAGGAGCUCAAGAAUAUACCCAUGACCCUGGAGCUUUUACAGUCCACCCGCAUUGGAAUGUCGGUGAACGCUAUCCGCAAGCAGAGCACAGACGAGGAGGUGACCUCACUGGCCAAGUCUCUUAUUAAAUCCUGGAAGAAGCUGUUGGACGAGCCUUCUAGUGGAGACAAAAACUCUGAGGAGAAGAAGAAGGAACCUGCAGCACCUGUCGUGUCUCCAUCCCAGGAUAGCCCCGAGCCCAGAGAGGAAAGCUCCAGCAGUAAUUCCAGUAGUAGGAGUGACUCUGCUGAAGUGACGCCCAACACGCUGAUUUCCACGUUCCCUCGAGCGCCAGGCACAUCUGACUCAGUGCGUCUGAAGUGUAGGGAGAUGCUGUCCAGUGCUCUUCAGACUGGAGAUGACUACAUCGCCAUUGGGGCUGACUGUGAUGAACUUGGCGCACAAAUUGAGGAAUGUAUCUUCCUGGAAUUCAAGAACACCGACAUGAAAUACAAGAACCGCAUCCGAAGCCGAAUCUCAAAUCUUAAAGAUGCCAAGAACCCCAACCUGAGGAGGAAUGUACUUUGUGGCAACGUGCCUCCAAACCGCAUAGCCAAAAUGACCGCAGAGGAAAUGGCCAGCGAUGAACUGAAAGAGAUGCGGAAGAAUCUGACCAAAGAGGCUAUCAGGGACCACCAGAUGGCCAAAACUGGAGGCACCCAGACUGACCUGUUCACCUGCGGGAAAUGCAAAAAGCACAACUGCACCUACACACAGGUUCAGACUCGAAGUGCUGAUGAGCCGAUGACCACAUUUGUUUUCUGCAAUGAAUGUGGUAAUAGAUGGAAGUUCUGCUGAAGAUGGAGAGAGAACCAUCGUCUUGCAGAGAGGUAGCUAAAUUCUUGGACCAUGUUUCUGUAUCGUCAACCAUUAGGAACUUUUAAGUCUGUGGCCUCCGAUGUACAGCAGCCACAAUAGACAGCAUCAAUGUUUUUAUUUGAUUUGUCUCGGUCCACAAACUCAUGUCCUGUGUUUUAACUUGACGUAUAGCUAGGCUCAGCCUUUGGACUAUGAUCAUGUUGUUUCAUUGUUUCUUUUAUCAUCACUUUUUAUAUGUAGUUUUGACUUUUUUGGGGGGGGGAUUGAGUUGCAACAUUUAGAACGUUUUGCUCUGCCCUAACAGAAAUUAGGAACAGUUAGUCUAUUUAAUUUUCUUAGGCUGUUUUACCCAAUAAAUGUAAAAGGAAAAGGCUGUAGCUUUUUUGUUUUUAUUGAUAACUCAAUGUUGAUUUUCUUUUAGUCUGACACAUUUUGAAACAUGCUAGAAAUGAGACCUUUCCCCAUGUAUUCAAUUUAUAUGCAUGAUUGGCAAAUUUAUACUGUUUACAUGUUUUCUUUUCUGGAGUAAAACAUUUUUAAACUCA